GGAGACUGUGGCUGGGUAUCAGCCUGUCCAAGGAAAAGCUCGCACGAUCGUGUAGCAGCGGCGUUUCAGGGAUUAUGGGAAGCUGUGUGGGAAAUUUAGACAAUUUAGAACAUGGCAACCAAGCAGAGAGAGCCGGUCACGAUCAUUAGCCUCCAGAGGCUGAGCCUGGAGACCCCAGAGCCACAGCCCAAAGAGUCAAAGACGUUCACCGUGGAAGAUGCUGUGGAGACCAUUGGAUUUGGACGUUUCCACAUUGCCCUGUUUCUGAUCAUGGGAAGCACUGGGGUUGCCGAGGCCAUGGAGAUCAUGUUAAUAGCAGUUGUGUCUCCUGUCAUCCGCUGUGAAUGGCAGCUGGAGAAUUGGCAGGUGGCGUUAGUGACCACGAUGGUGUUUUUUGGCUACAUGGUAUUCAGCAUCCUCUUUGGCCUCCUGGCUGACAGAUACGGCCGCUGGAAGAUUUUGCUCAUCUCGUUCCUGUGGGGAGCCUACUUCUCCUUGCUGACCUCUUUCUCUCCCUCCUACAUCUGGUUUGUCUUCCUGCGGACCAUGGUGGGCUGCGGCGUGUCUGGCCACGCGCAAGGACUAAUACUUGAAACUGUUCUGAAGCCCAUGGGGCGCCCCGUGUCUCCCCAGGUGUUCUGGCUGGCUGGCUCCCUGCUUAUCAUCGGCCUGGCCUCUGUGGUGAUCCCCACCAUCGGGUGGCGGUGGCUCAUCCGCAUCGCCUCCAUUCCUGGCAUCAUCCUCAUCCUGGCCUUCAAGUUUAUCCCUGAGUCUGCGCGCUUCAACGUCUCCACUGGGAACACGCAGGCUGCCUUGGCCACACUGGAGCACAUCGCCAAGAUGAACCGCUCCGUCAUGCCUGAGGGGAAGCUGGUAGAGCCCAUCCUGGAAAAAAGAGGAAGAUUUGCAGACCUAUUGGAUGCUAAAUAUUUACGGACUACGUUACAGAUCUGGGUCAUAUGGCUGGGAAUUUCUUUCGCCUACUACGGUGUCAUCCUGGCCAGUGCCGAGCUGCUGGAGCGGGACCUGGUCUGUGGCUCGCGGUCAGAGUCCGCAGUGGCGGUGACUGUGGGGGACACCGAGGGGAGCCAAAGCCCCUGCCACUGCCGCAUGUUUGCCCCCUCCGACUACCAGACCAUGAUUAUCAGCACCGUCGGUGAAAUUGCUCUGAAUCCUUUCAAUAUCCUGGGCAUCAAUUUCCUGGGACGAAGGCUGAGCCUUUCUAUCACCAUGGGAUGUACAGCCUUAUUCUUCCUUCUCCUCAACAUUUGCACGUCAAGCGCUGGCCUCACGGGCUUCCUGUUCGUGCUGCGGGCCUUGGUGGCAGCCAACUUCAACACCAUCUAUAUUUACACUGCCGAGGUCUACCCCACGACGAUGCGUGCUUUGGGGAUGGGGACCAGUGGCUCCCUGUGUCGCAUUGGUGCGAUGGUGGCGCCAUUUAUAUCCCAGGUUCUUAUGAGCGCAUCCUUCCUGGGGGCCUUGUGUCUUUUCUCAUCAGUCUGCAUCAUAUGCGCCAUUUCUGCAUCGACUCUCCCCAUUGAGACCAAAGGACGGGCCCUACAGCAAAUUAAAUGAAGAUCUACAAACCAAUGUCUACUGGAGAAGAAAAAUGCAUUUUGUCUCUACAAUGAGCUGGGGCACAUUUUUAAAAACUUGAUUUAAUUUCUGUAUGCUACUUGGUAAUUAAGAAACUGAUUAUGGAUUUUUGAAAAAUAAGGCAAUGAGAAUGAGGUGGGUUAAUUUUAUAUUCCUGUAUCUUUUGGAAGCCUGUAUAGAACUGUUUUAAAAUUAUACUUCAGAGAUUGGAAAGGUGGGUCUGUGGGAGAUGGGUAGGAGGAAGGGGGCUUUUCUUCUUUGACAUGAAGUCUGUGCAUAUGUACUUGAUAUUCUCCCAGGAAGUUUAUAGCAAAAGCUGGACUGAAAUUUUGUAGCUAAGGCAUGAACUUGAGGUUGUAUCACUAAGCCUUUCAAAACAGAGUCACCAAAUUCACAACAAAAGUGAACGUUUAUAUUAUGGCCUCCACCUUGAUGAAAAUUGUUUACUUACAAAAUAUGCUUAAAUGAGUAGGAAUCUUGUGCAUAAUAGGAAGAAACUGGGAAUAAACUAAUUUUUCCCAUUC